CGACAGGGUAAUUUGAAUAUUUUCGUUUUCGUUGCACGCUUGAACUAAUAAAUUCACCAUUUCGUUUGCUCAGGCAGCUUUGCGUCUGUAAAGCACGAACAACUGAUAGCAGUCAACAAGAACAACAGAACCCAAAUCGACAAGCGGACUGAACAGUUAACGAGCCACGACGAAGAAGAGGCUUAAGAAAUAGAGAAAUGAGUGAAUUCGAUGGUAAGAAAUUCUAUGGAUUCUCGCUGCACAAUGAUCCAGUGCUGAGUACGACAACAAGAAAUUUUGAAUUCAAGUAUACGCGCGCUGAACAUUUAGAGCGCGUCAUACAGAAGGUGCAACACAGCGAACCGGAGCAUGAACGGCAUCGCAAGAAGGACUUAUUCAAUCGGCUGUCUAGGGCAAAGAAAAUAACAACCAACACCGAGGUGAGUACACCAUACCGACGCGACCCUGAUGUCGAGACACAUGUUUCACGCUCUGAUGCGGCUGGGCGUGUGCGCAAUUUGAGUGACAAAGAAAUCAACCAGCUGAUCACUAAAGUAAAGAGUUACGGUGACCUACGUAAGCAUACUUUGACCGAUACCUGUGCAAGCAGUAAUAUAAAGACAAUGAGAUCGACAUCGAUAUCGAAAGGCUUAUUGCGGCCAAAAACUUACGGAUUUCCUUUUGGCGGUGACACUAGCGGCACUUAUAAUGCUUGCGCGGGCACAAUUCACAUGGACGAUUGCAGCUUUGAGGAUGAAAACAGUUGUGAUGGAGAAAUGUUGGGUACGGAUUCCACCUCCGAGGAUCAAACACCCUCUAAUCCAUUCGAUAUGUCACAUGAGCCGCUAUUUGAAACACACACCAUGCAUUUGCCACAUGUGCGACGUGAACUUCACAGCAAGCUGCCCGAUGUGCCAGAGGAAGAUGAAAUAUUCUCAUCGAAAACAGUAAUGCCGAUUAUCGUUGAGGAGUUUCGGCAACCGCAACCAAGAUGGGUGGAAGUUUGUGAGACAGUGGCAAAGGAGACCAUUGAGGUGGGUGAAAUCAAAACACCGCUGGACACCGAAGCUGAUAAGCUAGCACAGCAACAGUCCACCUCCGAAAAUAACGAGCGUUUACCAACCAAUGUCACCUAUACAAGGCAUUCACUUAAGUUACAGUUGCCGCUUCAGAUCAGUGCGCCGGAAAUGAUGCUGCCAAACCAACCGCCACCGUCUAGUUUGCCAGCCGUAGCACUCACCUAUGGGCAAAGCAGUUACGAAGACAACCCACCGACGUACGAUGUGGUGGAGGACAGUGAUCUCGAGUAUGAGAUGAUUGGACGCGCGGAAUAUACAAAACUAUGCGGUCCACGUCCAAGAACCGAGGAAUUGACAUAUAAUUCGAAUAAUAGCGGAGGCUUGGCGGAGUUUGUCGAAGUCGAAGGCGAAAAGGAAACUCCCUGCAUCAAUUUAAGUUUUCUGAAGAACGUUUCCCCAAUACGUUACUCCGACUUGACCGAUGAGCGUGAGGAGGAUAGAACCACCGAAUUAAAUCAACCAAUGAAAGUGUACAUCAAGAAACGCGCCAUUAAAUCUGCUUCCCCACCGCCAGUUAAAGAGGCAACGACAUCGGACAAAAAGGAAGCAAAGAAAAAAAUCAUACAACCAAGGAAGAAGUCGAAUGAGCCAAAACCAAGUCCACGCAAAAAUUCGUCAGCCCGGGUUUUUGAUUCCUCACCAGUGACCGAAAAGUCGCCACGUACGCCACGAUUAAGCGGCAGACGAUCUGCAUCGAUAACCCCAAAACAACCCAAAGAUCGCAGCCGUCAAACUCUCAAUUCCAACGAGUUGCGUGCUAUGAAAAAUAUUAUACUAACCAAAUCAAUUGAGGAUCUGAAAAUGGAAAAGAUGGCAAUAUUUGCGAAAAUGACCAGUAUGCAGGAACGCAUCAUCGAAACAUUGGACAAGUUGCGUAUAAGUUUACUGGAGCUCUAUGUGCCGGAUAGUCACUACGAUAAGACCAGACGUCAGAAGAAUGCCUUCGAGUUUUCUGUAAGAUUCUCACGCAAUUUUCUGUAUCCCUUGAAAGGAAUGAUCGAAGAUCUUCGCUUGGUUUCGGUGGAACAACUGUGCAGUGCCUCAUCAAAUGAGUCCACACAACGUGUGCUCAACAUUUUUUCGCUUAUCCACCAGUCACUACAGACUUACUACAAGCAGCUGCGUUACUUUUUGCUCGAUCAGGUGCCACAAAAAUUGAAUACGCUCAUUGAGUUGGCAGCCACAACAGUCAACAUUUGCCUGGAGAAGCAAAUUUUCGAUCGGAAUGAUGCGAUUAUUGAGUGUUUGCAAGAUCGGUGCACAAAGUUUUUGGGCUUUCUGGAGGACAUGCAUGAGCAGCGGUUUCUCACCGCACGCGAUAAUUAUCGUAAAGCAAGCUUUGAAAAGACCGCCUCCAAUUACAGCCUGAAAAUGUUUAUGAACGACUUGAAUAUGUACGAGCCGAAACUGGUGCCGAAGAAUCACUACAAUUAUCGUCGUAAGCCGAAACAGCGUCGCGUACUCAAACCAAGCGUAACCAAUUUGAAGGCGAAGCUUAGCAAGGAAACCGCUGUCACUCCUAAGACAUCACACAUGGUCAUCACAAAACCGGAUGGUGAUCAAAUUUCUACGCAUAUCAAAAAAUUGGCUAGCAGCUCGGUUCUCAUCCAUAGUAUGGCCGACGAAGCAGCACCACCUGCGGAGCCUAGUGUGGAUACUGAAGAAUUGCCCCACUUGAACAAGGCGCUCGUCGAGGCUUUGCGAACUGUUACCAAGGAACAAAUACGUCAAGUGCUUCAGCCCAUCAUGCAGACGCUGGGUUCGGUGCUCGAGAAGAAGAAUGCUUCUAAAACGAUUGAAGAACUACUCAAUGCUUUCAACAAAAAUUUAAUUUCUCUGGCAGAAGGUGAUAAUGGAAAGAAAACCAGUACCGAAAAAUACAGUGCCAACAGGGACAAAUUGCGUGAGGAGGAAGAGUUGAAAGCGGCAAAGCAGACUGAACGACAACAGCAUAACCAGCACCGCCACUCAAGCAAUGAAUCGGCCAAACGCCACGAAGCUGUUGCUGCUUUCUUGGACGAAGUGCCCACGGCGAGUGCCUUCGAAACGGUUAUCUGUGAUAUUGAUGUAGACGAUGAUGAUGAUAAUUAUUACGAUGACGAUGAGUUUGAGAACGGCGACUAUAUCGACGAUUGUGCCGAAGAUGAUGAUGGUAAUGAUGAUGAUAUAGGCAAAGCUAGAGACGCAUCAAACUACCUCAUUGAACCAAGAGUGAUCAUCGAGCCCAUUAAAGCCACCCAGUUAACCGGCUACUUCCGCGAUGAAUGUGCCGGUAAGAGAAAUAAUAACACUAACAACAAUACAGCGAGUAACAGUGAUAUUGUUGUUUUCGAUAACUUCAAAUUGAACUACGAAUACGGCGGCGACGUAGCCAGUGAGAGCGGUUCAGAUUUUGUGAGCUUUGAGGAGAACUCUAGUAAUUUUGACGUUGGAAUUGCAAUAAAACCGGACAAUAAUAAAGUGAACGACCAGCAGCAAGUAAGGUAUAAUAGCAACAAAAAGGAACAACAACAGCACAAGAAAGAGCAGCAGCAAUUGAACAAAUUUGAACAGCACGAGCAAAGUAGUGCGAACAAGCAGGGUAAGCCUAACAAACUAGAGCAACAACAAAUAGAGGAGCGCCAACAUCAAAAGAGUCUGCGCGAGCGCACCGAAAACUACGAUACACACAUCCAACAACAGCAGCAACUGUUGCUACAGCAGGCAUACGAGCAGGAAAAGUUAGAGCGACACCUGAAAAAGCGAAAUGGCACCGCUAUCAACAAUCAAAAGACCGAGCAGAUUCUAAAAGAGUCGCGCAACCCACAACAACAACUGCAACAGCAGCUGGAAGUGCACCAACAGUGUAUUGCCGAGCAACAACAACACCUCCAUCAAAAUCAAUUGCAGUCUCAUAGAAAGCUUGAGCAGAAGCAACAACUUAUGCUGCAGGAGCAGCAAAUACUAAACCAACAACAGCAACAAUUCGAACAAAAACAAACUCAGUUGGCGACACCCAAGCCACUAACACGAAAACAGCUGCAAUUGCAAGCUCUGCAGCCAGCGAGAGUUGCGCACGCUGCGCGUCACAGUGCGCGCGCCAGCUCUUCCCUGCCACCCUCCUCUCGUCUGUCUGCUCUAAUCGACACAAGCCGCGGACGUGCGACUGCGCGCCCAAACUGUCUUACCAGCAGUCAGCAAAUGGCCACGCAAGGCGAAAGAGGCGUCAAGAUAUUGAAAAAACGUCGCAAUCCACUUAACCCGCCACCGCCGCCACCUUCGGUCACACCUACGAAUUCGGCGCGCUCACCGCGCAACGCUGACCGACUCGGCGAGCCAUCGCUUAGACCAUCACUCACAGAGAUAGAUAUGCUGGCCGCUGGUGGUGAUGCUAGCGCAUCCAUGCCAUCAAAUUGCUCAAACUCGGAAAUGCUGAAGGUGAGCUCAAAAUUGAAGUCAGAUUUCUUUGAAAUGAUGUCGCCGCACGCGAAAGCAAUUUACAUUGGCAACAACGAAGAACAGCGUUUAGCGAAACCGCAGAACCAAUCCAAGUCGCAAACGAAAAAGCCCGAGACUUUAGCAAAUCGUGAGCUAGUUGAAGCGCUCACCAAUUGCCUUUUUAAUUACAACAACUCCAUGAGUCAGAAAUUUUGCGAGAAAGAGGGCAAAGAGGUUGGAGAGGGAAUGCCUGUAGUAGACUUAUCAACGCCCGUCACCCUAUACACUGGCGAAUCCCCCUAUGAGAAAGUGGAACUUAAGAAAACACAGCCACGUCUGAAAAAGAAAAAACGUUUGGGAUAUGACAAGGAACAAACACUCGACGAAUGCAUAGCGGAAAUCUCUGCUGCAGAUGAACAAGACGCAGUUGAUGCUAGCCAUAAGUCGCCAACCACAGUCACACAGCAUAAUAAAGUGGACUCUAAGUACUUUGAGCCGAUCGUUUCGCCCUGUACUCUCUGGAAUUCCGAUCCUGAGCCUGCGACUCAAAAGAAAGAUCUGCAUAUUGAGGAGCUGAUUGCCGAACGUGAUCAUUUCCUAAGUCUGUGCAGCAAAAAUCGUUUCUAUGCGAACCCCAAUUUCAAUCAGCCAUGGAGCGUCUUCUCGAAACUUGCCAACAGACUCUCUAACGAUAUCAUCGCAGUAAUCGAGAAGGAUUUUAGUAUCGGUGUUUCAAAGUUUGUGCAGGAUUUUCUGGACAACGAGACAAAGAUUUAAGACCUGCGAUGCAUUCUACGGCUGUUGCUUUUCAUUUGCGAAAUUUUCUUUCUUUUUAUAGCAUCUCUAUAUAUUUUUGAAUAAUUUUCGUUGUGAUGUUAUGCUUUUGUGUGUAUGUGUUUGUAUAGACAUAUAAUUUCCAAUUGUUGCAGUAAAAUUGUGGAGCAAUUUUUGGCAGAUUUUAUAGGGUUAAUACCUAGCCAUACAUAUAGCCGAUUUUCGCUAGUGUGUCAAAGGUCAAAGAAGGAAAAAUGUUAUGGGUACUUUACUGCCUUGUCCUUUGACACUCUUCCAGAAAAGACUAAUUGAACUAAGAUCAAUGGAAGAAUAGUAACACUGCCAAGAUAGCUCGUGUAAAAAUUUUCAACAUAUAGUAUCGGUAUUGAACUUUUUACUAAAUUUUAAAUAUCGGUUGGAUA